AUGUCCGUUGGUGGCAUUCCCAAAUUAGUGUUUCUGUUUGUCCCCCAAGCUACAUUUGCCGUGGGCAGAGACAGGCCCAGAGGGAGCCUCAGGCCCACGACCGAGCCCCAGCCUCAGGCCCAGACCGAGCCCCAGCCUCAGGCCCAGACCGAGCCCCAGCCUCAGGCCCAGACCGAGCCCCAGCCUCAGGCCCAGACCGAGCCCCAGCCUCAGGCCCAGACCGAGCCCCAGCCUCAGGCCCAGACCGAGCCCCAGCCUCAGGCCCAGACCGAGCCCCAGCCUCAGGCCCAGACCGAGCCCCAGCCUCAGGCCCAGACCGAGCCCCAGCCUCAGGCCCAGACCGAGCCCCAGCCUCAGGCCCAGACCGAGCCCAGCCUC